UUACGAGCAAUCAAGUACGAAGUUCAGCCUUUUACGACUUCCAACAAAGACUUACUGUAUCAGAAUACUGCUUUGAAACUUUGUUUUAGUCCCAAUAGGAGCUUUUAACUCGACGGUCGAAAUAAACUCGAAAAAUAUAUGCGCGGGAUCAUGUUAAGAAAUGUGAAUAUGCAAGCGUUGUUUAUAAUGUAAAAAUUAGUUUUUGAGUUAAAAACAUAAUUUAAAACAAAAUAAAAAGAACUACAAGGCUUAUACACUUAAUCUCAGAUCGUUUAGGUUAGGGUUUUAAAAAGUAUUAAAAAAUUGAUCGAUGUGCUUAAACUGAUAAAGGCAAUAUAUAACACCGGUAUUAAGGAACGAAACAGAAGACCUUACCACAAAAGGCUUUAAGAUUCGACAAACGUAAAUCGACUUUGUGCUGUAUGAUAAGAUAAUCAAUAACUAUGAACUCAAACGUGAACGUACUGAUGUCAUAUAAAAAAAUUAAAAGUUGGAUAAAUAGAACAACUCGUACCUAAAUAUUCUCGAUUUAUUAAUGCUCAAAUCUUAACGAGAAGACUGCUGCGAUGUUUCUACCAAAAUUGCAACAAAGAGGGAUAGCUUUUGGCAUAGUUAUGUUACUAAUCGAGGCAAUAGGGAUCAUUGAAAAUCACUCCGUGCCUCAUAUAAAAGGAAUCAGCGAAUCAGAUGAACUUGGCCCAGAGUUUUUGGCGAAGCUGAGCAACAUUACGGUACCCAUAGGACGUGACGUAUCAUUUACAUGCGUUGUCGACAACUUAGGUCAAUACCGUGUGGCAUGGAUUAAAUCCGAUUCAAAGGCAAUACUUGGGAUACAUACACAUAUGGUCUCGCUAAAUCCAAGAUUAUCUGUGACACACAAUGGCCACAAUACCUGGAAACUUCACAUAUCCCGCGUACAGAUAAAUGAUUCAGGCAGCUACAUGUGCCAAGUUAACACAGAUCCCAUGAAGAGCAUUUCUGGAUACCUAGAUGUUGUUGUGCCACCAGAUAUUUUAAACGACCCAGAGCAUAAUCUAGAGGAAGGUGUAAGCACAGAGGGUGGUAGUAUUUCACUGUUAUGCAGUGCAACUGGCGUUCCUAAACCGAAAGUACAGUGGCGGCGUGACGCCGGAAAGGAUAUAAUACUUCGAUCAGAAAGCAGAGAUAAACAAGCUCUUAAGGCAGUCGAAGGAGAAAGACUUAUGUUGACAAAUGUACAUCGUUCCGAUAUGGGAGCAUACAAUUGCAUUGCAUCUAAUGGUAUACCGCCAUCAGUAAGCAAGCGCUAUGAAGUCCAUGUGAAUUUUUCCCCAACAAUUAAAGCUGUCAAUCAAUUAGUUGGCGCGCCAGUGGAAAGAGAAGUAACUUUGGAAUGCAUAGUUGAAGUGUACCCCAAACCUCUUAACGGUUGGUACCGUAAUGAAGGCAACAUUAAACUUCACAAUGGAAACAAAUACAACAUUUCUGAAGAAAUGAUUAAUUUGUACACAUGGCAUCUAAACCUUACCAUUAGAUAUUUGACUAAAUCAGACUUUGGAGCUUAUAGUUGUUCAAGCGUAAAUGCGCUUGGUAAGAGCGAAUCACGUAUUCGCCUGCAAGAAUUGCGAUUGCCACCCAAGUCAACAACAAUGACAACUCCUCAGAUGCAUACCACGGGCAAACCGCGUCGAAAACAGACACCCAGUCACAGCAAAGGACUGAACGAAGUGGUGCGUAGCAAGGAAACCCACUUUUCAAAUCAAGUACAGCAAGAGAAUGACAUAUACAGCGGUGGGAUUGGAGUGCUUCAGCGUACAAACAGUGGAGGUAAUGGGGAAGUAUUAAACAGUGAAAACAGCAUGAUUAAUGGACCAGAAGUGCACACUCAUGUACCCGUACGUUACGGAAAUGAAAAAACUUACGAGCCUGGAGUCAUACCAUCACCUAUUACACCCUGGAUACUUAGAAAUGCAGGGUCUCGACGCCUUGCGCCCCCAACAAAAACUUCCAAAGCGUUAGUGAUAUUAUUUUGUGUGUUGUCCCCGAGUACGUAUAUGCUCCUAUUAUUAUAAAGCUCUCUAAAAUAAACUGUUAAUUGGAGUUGCCCACUUCUGAACUGCCUACCAGUUUUGAAAACAACGAUUCAUUGAUUUCUCAUUUAAGUUCUUCAUGUUGCAUAGUGUAAAGCAUUUUCAUUGAGUCAAAGCCUUUCAUAUCAAGCUAAUCGAAUGUAAGUUAACAUGUUAAAGAAAAUCAUUUAAAUAACAUAAGUGCAAGUAAUUUAAAAAAGCAACAAUUAAAGUAUGUUAUGUACGUAUAUAAUAUUAUUUUAAGGGGACUGGUUUUUUGUCAAUUAGGUAAGUUUAUCUAGUAUACAUAAUGAAGAAAAAUUAACACUAAAAUGAGAAAAUUGCACAAAUAAAUAACUGCAUAAAAUUCUAUCUUUUUUUACUUUGAAUAUAUGAACCUCUUAAUUU